AUGGUGGUCAAGACCCGCCGGCUGGACUCCUGCGUGUGCCUGGCCUCGGUGCUCACCCUGGGGCUGUAUUACUUCUUCCGCCCAACGCGGGACAUGGCACUGCUCGCCCUGACCACCUCGGGGCGGGUGCUGCUGGUGAAGCGGGAGCACGACUCCAUUCUUGGUAGCAGCCCGGGUACCAGCUUGUGGUUCUUGAUGCGGGUACUGCUCGUCCUCCUCGGGCUGGUGCUCGUGCCAUUGGCUGUGUGGAUCUGGCUGGGCACGCACGGCUUCGGGGACGACCUGCGGCGAGCCGUGGGGCUCCUGCUCGACCACCCCGAGGCCCAGGAGCUGCGGGGCCUCCUGGCCAGCCAGACGAAGGUCUACGCAGUCGCGACGGGCCUGUUCUGGGCGGGUUUUGUGGCCUGGGUGUGGGUGCACCGCCAGCGGGGCUACGGUGCGCGCUACCGGCGGGAGUUCAAGGCCGCCAGCAUCGCGGCAGCGCAGUACAUCUACACGGACGGCGGCCGGUGCCGCAGCUGCUGCGUCCGCAGGCAGAGGGCGUCCUCGCUGCGGCUCUUCUUCGGGAAGUACCCGACCCAGCAGCAGCUCGACGAGCGCCUGGCGAGCUCCGUGCCCGAGGGCAGGGCGGUCCGGCCACUGCAGAACAUGGGCGGGGGCGCUGCGAGCGUAGCUUCCGAUGUGCAGGGAACUCCGCGGGAUCCAGCCAUGGACGAUGACAACCACGCCGAGGUGGUACAGCAGUAUUUUCCCUGCAUGUCCAUUGCGCUCCUGAUCGGCAGCCUGGUCGCGCAGGGCUACACGUUCGCCAGCUACGUCCGGGAGUUGCAGUGGGUCGUGGAGGCCAGUAGCUACUGCCAGGCAGAGCACGCCUUCACUGCACCCUGCACCCCCUCCCUGUGCAGGCAGUUUGCGGCAGAGCACGCCUUCAACCGCCCGCAGUUCUGCGACUCGGUGAGGCUCGUGUCCGACGACCUCAUAUGCCAGGGCGCCCAGCAGCCCUGCUGCUCCGGGUGCGUCAGCGGCGAGAUCCUGGCGUUCCUCGGCGGCAGCGACCCAGUCUCGUGGGCCGGGACGGUCAACACUGUCAUCAAUUAUUGCACGCUGCUGCUCGCGCUGUUCGCCAGCAGCGUGAUCGUCCGCCACGCACUGGGGAAGGCGGCGGAGACGGCGUGCCUGGACCUCGAGUUCGUGCAGGACUGCUUCAACGCCAGCGCAGACGUCUACCAGAUGCGGGACGAGCUGGCGAGCGAGUUCCUCAACCGCGUCUUCCAGGGGGCGACCCUGCAGGGUGGCACGAGGAGCUCGAGGCCGCCGCUGGAGUCUGUGCCCGUUGAGUCCCGCGACGCGGGCGCUUGGACGUCUCAAAACAUGAUGCCGGUAAAGAACGUGGAGCUCGUGAGCAAGGACAUUGCGCCGAACUGGAUGCGCUUCUUCCAGGAAGACUACCGGCUCGUGACGCCCAGCGUCGCGGUCGGGGGCGAGUGCAUGGUGCGCGUGCCCACGCAGUGCCUGGGCUUCAUGAAGGACGAGGCCGUGCUGAAGGCGUGGACGGAGACCCCCUUCCUGACGCCAAAGGAGUUCUGGUACCUCUCCGCCGCAGCGGCGGGCUGCGCGCUGGCGCUGGUGUACUAUCCCACGUCCUGGGGCGGACCGCUGGUGUCAUAUCCGGGCGAGGGCGCCUGCGAGGACGAGUUCGCUGUCGUUCCAGACGCGGUGGGCCCAAGGCACGACGUGCUCCUGUGCGCUUUGGGCGAACCGUUGCUCGUCUUGUGCCUGACCCUGGCGGCGAUUCCGUUCCUGCUGGCCAUCCGGUAUUUUACGUUCUACAGUUCCCAGCAGUGUGCUGUGAUAGUGACCACGCAGCGCAUCUUCACCGUGUACUUUCGCCCCACCUCUCGGCUGUUCAAUGUCUGCAGGGCCGGGGUGGCCCUCCGAGUGGAGGUUUUCCGACAUGGAGGCCAGGUAUUCUAUGGGAGGAUGACCAGCAGGCGCCCACCUUGGAUCCAACGCUUGUUUAUGAUAUGCCACUGGAAGACUGGAGAACUGGUCAUGCAGAGUCGGCGCGGCGUGCUCGCCAUGGAGAGGAUGAUGGGAAACAUCGACGAGCUCUACGAUCUCGUCGCCACGCAACUCUCAAAGGACCUGGAAGACCUGAAGGUCAAAGAUGCGUACGUCCAGCGGAGCUUGCCCAUUAUGCACGGCGUGCAGGAGGCGAGUUGCAGGAUAGAGCAGGGGCCUAACACAGACGUGAAGUAUCUAAAGUGGACGUCUUCUGUUGGGAACGACCCAGCGCCCAAGAAAGUGAUCACCAUCGCGGCCGGGAGGGAGGAGCCGAUCUACAUGUGGUCGUUCGUGGACAACGGCUCCUAUACCUCUCCAUACCGCGCCUACAACGACGUGGUGGUCACAUCCGACCGAAUACGACUCCGAAGUUGCCUGGCGUUCAAGACAUUCGACUGCCGGUCCUGCUGCUGCUGGUGCGCCUGCUUCUGCAGCACCAUUCGGCAGUUGGUGACAGGGCCCCAGCUCCCGAUCAUGAGGUCCUUCCUCAACUUCUCGCACCUGGCCGCGUUCUCGACGGAGACCUCGGUCAAGCCGCGGGGCGUCCCGGUGGAGUGCCCCGCCUACUCGGCCCUCUGCGCCUGCCUCACCGCGGCCGCCAACUGCUCUCCGGCCAGCUGCCCCGGGCUCCUCGACUGCUGCCGCCUGCCCGGCUCCGCUCCGCCGCGGGUGCAGCUCUGGCUGAAGUGGAUGCAGCGCAACGCGAAGGCCGUGCAGCCGGACCUGGUGCUCUCGGCGAAGCCGUACGAGCUGCGCGAGCCCCCGUGCGGAGACGAGGACGAGGAGGCUGGCCAGGCGGCCGACGACAGCGACGGCGAGUGCUGCGCGGGUCACCUGCGGUCCCGCAGGUCGUGCCCCGCGGACUCCGAGGAGGUCGAGGACCUGAGGGCCCUGAUGCAGCUCGUGCUGCGGCGAGAGGAGGAGAGGCGGGCGCGGCAGCGGUAG